AGAGAAGAGAAAGGAGGGGGAAGACAGAGGUGAUAAAACUCUGCAGAGUCUGCAUGCUCAGUCACAGAGAGUGAGAGUGAGGGAGACGAAGCAAACUGACAAGGACCUACCACAGUGGCAAAGACACGGCACUUUCAGAGACGCUAAGGGCCCGUGUUUUUGCCACGCUUUUGUGGACUGGGAGACAUUAGGGAAUCGGAAGCUGUUACUGGUGAGCAAGUGGGUGCACUGGACUUUCCUGGAGAGACCUGGGAUUUAUCCCCUCAAGGGCUGUCUGCUUUGAAGUAUUUUUCAGACACUGCUGCGGGGGACUAAUUUUCCCCUUCAAGGAAAAGAGAAAGGGGGCCAAAGGCUAAAAAAACCGGAAGGGAUCCAAGUCACAACUCUCACGCCCCCCCCCCCACCCUCUCUCAUCUCCAUAAAUCAACUUUCAUGCCCCUUGGAUUUUCUGCUUUUUCCCUCCCAAAAGGAGUGAUGCAUGACAACUGUCACAUUGAAGACUGUAUUCUACAGAAAUUCUGGGCUGUUUGGAUUUGACACAGCCUCUGACUGGCGCACUACCACUAGAGAUCUUCAGCAAGAGGACAAGAGUCUUCAGAGAGGAAAGAGGUUUGCAAAACCUCCCGUUCUACCUACCUAAAAGUACAACAACCCUCUACCCCCCCCCCCAACUCAGACUCUAAUUCCAGCCCCUUCCACCCUUAGCCCCUCCUCUCCUGUCUCCCCUCUCCCCCAUGAAGCAGGAAGCGUGAAAAAUCUCACUAAAUGGGUUUAUUUGCCGUCAGAGCUGUACUGAUCUGUCAUUCCCCAGGACCAUUUCAGUUGACGUGUUUCAUAGCUCUGGGAGCUGCCUGGUUGGGUGGUGCAUUGGAAGCUGUUGAUCUGGAGUCUGUGAGGGGCAAGAGGCAGCAUCAGUUGCUGUAAUUCCCCAGAGUCAUCGAGGCUUCCCCCUCCAACUCACCUCGUUGGGUCUAUCCCAGGAUCUACCACUUGUGAAACCAACAACUUCCCAACCAAAGAGGACUCUUUGUUUUUUGAUCCUUUUUUGGUGGGGCACCAUCGAAUCACAAGCGAACCAUUCCUCCAGUAGUGGUGUUUGUUUUCUAGUUGCCCCAUCCUUUGGUAGUUUGCAGAGGUUGCCCCGCGUGGCUCAAGAUGCGGUGUUGGCCAUUGGCCGUGGUGGCCGCAGUCUUUUGGACCCAGUGCCUUCUUUUUCGUGAGGUUGAUGCCAAGAAGGAGAAGAAGAGACAGAAGGAGAACAUCCCACAACACACAGAGUCUUACAACUCCUCAGUCUCCAACAGUGAAGAGGUUGGAGGGAACACAAAGGCAGAAAACCAUCGCGUGGACCCACUGGGAUCAUGGAAGGUGUUUGUGGAGCGACCAGUAGGUAACUUCCCAGGCAAGUGCAAGAAGAGGAAAAGACCACUGCCAGGACCCCCCGGGCCACCCGGACCCCCCGGACCCCAGGGUCCCCCGGGAUCACCUGGGGCGGAGAUAACCCAGGAGGUCCUGCUCAAGGAGUUCAGGGAGAUGAUCAAAGAGGCAACAGAGAGACGUGCAGCCAUGGACAGACAAGUCGGUCCCAGCCAGCUGCCCCCUGCCCUCAUCGCCUUGGAUGGCCUGUCCUCCUACCGCAGAGUAGAAGAGGCUUUCCAUUGCAAGCUGAAGGGGCCGGUGGCCGUGGACAAGAAGACGCUGACGGAGCUACAGGACUUCCAGACGCCUCCUGCCAAAGGUGCCUUUCUCCGGGGGACGGGCAUGGAUCAAUCCACUGGUCGCUUCACAGCACCGGUAACAGGCAUCUACCAGUUCUCAGCUAACAUCCACAUUGACCACGGAGAGGUGAAGAAGAGCAAGAGCCAGCUGCGGGCCAGGGACAAUGUGCGGGUUCUGAUCUGCAUCGAGUCUCUAUGCCACAGAUACACGUCCUUAGAAAUGAUUGUGGGCUUGGAGAGCAGCAGUAGGAUAUUUACAGUCUACGUCCAUGGCUUGCUGGAGCUACAGGCUGGCCAAUACACCUCGAUAUUUGUCGACAAUGGAGCUGGGGCUUCCAUCACGAUACAGAACGGCUCAGACUUCAUGGGAAUGCUUAUGGGCGUAUAGCCCCGCAAGGCCCGGCCCUCGGAGGGGGCUGCCUGAGCCCAGUUUUUGCCUUCGCAUGCACUGCAUUGAACUGCUGUCCGUUGGACCCGGAGUGACCCUGCAGAGGAGGGAUUAGGACAUGCAGGGCCUUCCACCUGGCACUGGCGGGGGGGGGACCACAUUCAACCGCUUCACCAACCUGCUUGUCUUACCAACUGCCUAUGUGUCUGUGGGCCAAUGAAGCUGGAUGGGUCACCCUAGCUUGAAUCCCCAUGUGAAACACAACACAAAAAAAACUAACAGAUAAUUAAGUCUCUGUCUUUUUGUCUUCCGCUAAAAAAAAAAGCAUAGUAAUUUUACAUGGGCAGCAAGGCUAACGUACAACUCAGAUAAUUGUUUGCUAUGGACACUCCAGAUGUAUAUAAACAAAGCUAAUACUUCUCAGAAAGAGGUCACAACGGAGGCAGUGAAGUAAGUUACUAGAAUGUCAUUUCUCAAGCAACACCUCAUGUUGGGACCUACUACUGCCAUGUUGGUUUCUGAGUGUCUGUAAUGUAAUUCUACAUCCCGUACAAAGUAUUUCUUUAUACUUCUGUGGAAAGGUGUUAUAUGGUGAUUACAUAACCUGAAGUGUAAACAUGGGUGCUCUCCUCUGUUUGGGGUGACCUCACCCCUAAAUGCCAACCUUCACAGUCCCAGCAAUGAGGUCAAAGUAGGUUGGGCUUGGCUGGCAUCAUUUGUAUCCAUGAUCCAUGCUUAUCCUGGACAAUAAUAGAGAAAGCACUACUACAAAAACACAAAGGAAAACAGGAAUUAGUCUAAGUGUCAAAAACUAAUGAAAAACAAGCAAAAAUAGAUGUCAAACAUGAAAUACAGAUAUGUGCACCUAGCUGAAAGAUAACAUUUGGGUAAAUUUCUUUCCAAGACAAUUAAAAUUUAUUGUGUAGAAAAGCCAUUGGAGCUUCCAAGAAUUAAUGAUGAUAAAUGACCAAAUAACGCAGCGUGGCCUCUGUAAGGAAUUCCACAUCCUGUUCUUUGCUUGUCCAAAUUUCUGAUUCUCGUUCACUCGGUAAAGAAUGGAUCGAAUAUCAACUUAUUUUUGUAGUUAUUAAGAAGCUGAUGUAUUUUGUAUAUCCCCUAAAGACAAGCUCUGUUUUUGGUAACGUAUUUCUUAUUAAGUUGUGCAUUUAUAAACGUUGAAUUGUUUAUCACUCGCCAAUAAAUUAUCUUCAGUAUUUUAGAUUUUCUCAAUUUAUUCUUACAGGUUUUAAUUGGACAUAAAGAGGUUAUUCCACACGCACUUGACUUGUGGCUCUGGCCUUGAGUUAUAUUCAUUAUACUGGCACAGAAGUUAUUGGCAAACAGAAUGGAAUCAGCAGCAUUGCUUCUAUUGCAAUAAAACCACUUAUGGAUAUUCAUUUGUUUUUGAGAUGAAAAUAUCUCCAGGCAAGACUUAACUAUUUCUGUUUUUACUCAGUGUAUAUGUGGAUUUGCUUUAUAUAACAGAUACAUAGCUAUAAUAAAUAUAAAUAUAUAAAUAAAUUAACAAAAUAAAUGAAUGUAUUGUCAUUGGAAACAGAUGAAAUAACAAGCAGCAUGUGUAUCUCUCACCUGUACUUUGUUAUAUGCAUAUAAAUAUUGUAACAUCGUAUUAGUUGGUUUUAUAUUCCUGAAAAGACAUUAUGAUAUUAAAAUGAUAAAAUUAUUACUUUAAGCACCACAAAGUUCAGGAUUCAUUUAGAAACUGUUAUUUUACAGAGUAUGCUGUUUUUAUUUUGGGUGUGUAUAUUAUUAUUACUAUGUCUGACCCAGGAAUUGGAAACAGAGGGAAUGAAUUUUAAUUUCUGUACCAUAUGAAUAAAAAUGUGUGUAUAUUAUGUGUAACUAAGACACA